AUGAACCGCUCUCUUCCUAUUAAAGUGGAUGGCAUCGGCCGCCUGCCAUUAAGGUCAGCUCGCUACGCUUCUGCCAUCACAAUACUUUCUCUACCCAAUAUUGUUCACGCACAACAAUUUCCCGAACGCUACCUUAACUCCCUGACUUCGUCGGUCCCUACACGUAGACCAAAGCCCCUCCUUACUCUUGAAGUCGUCUUCAUAACAAUUACCGAUUUCACAACCGCGACAGCAGGUGAACACGCACCAACCUCUUCUCUAGCUCUACCCUCGACACUAUCUCAGUCCCCUUCAUCAAUACCAUCGGAUAUCAAAUUAUCUACAUUUAGAUCCUCAUCUCUGUCAGGAUCCUCUCCACCCCUCACCAACACAAUUCCCCCACUACCGUCGAACUUCGCAACACCGAAACCCCACCUCGACUCUUCCAACUCCACAGCUCUCCUCGACCUCUCACCUGGCGCUAGCAACACCUUCCUCGUCGUCGUCGUCGUCUUCAUGGCUGUAAUGAUAAUUUUCUACCUCGCUCUAAUUGGUCUCUAUAUAUGGGGCCGAGUGAAGGGAUCUUGUCCCCGCUGCAAGCGCCUAGAAGAUAAAAUAAAAAAUCUCCAGGGUGGCGAAGAGCCGAAUCGUAUUACGGUACAGAUGGUGAAGGACAGAAUGGGUGAAUUAGAGGAUAAUAGGAUUGCGGCGGGGGGUUUACCAGGAGGGAAGAUGACCGCAGAGGGGCCGCGUCACAGUGGAGAGGCGGGAGACUAUCAGUUUAUACGGCCACAGGCUUUUUCGGUGAUGUUUGGGUGGAAGGGGAGAGGGAAGCAGAAGGUUAAUGAUCGCUAUCACCGAGAUGAAAAUGAUCCACAAAACUCUUGGGAAACUUGGGAAGAGCAUACUCAGUCCAACGUAAGUAUCCCAUCUUACCGGAUUCCAACACCAUCCCCGCCUCUACCAGCCCACCACUGGAACACCCGCCCUCUUCACCGCGGCAUUAGCAACCUCUGGGGUGCACUCACAAACUGCAGCCCCAGCAGUAAUAGUCGCGAAGACAACCCAACCCGCGACUUCCGCGACACCCAAGGGGACUGGGGGUCCUUCAUCGAACCUAACAAUGGCGUGCCAUCCAAUGCACGCGCGCACUACAACACUAGCUACCCCUACAGUUCGAACGCCAUAACUCUAGACACUUCAUACCAACCCCACACCCCCUACGAAAUGUCCACCAUCUCCCACUCCGAUCCUGACUGCGAAGCAUACCGCCGUGCAGCAGCCGCCGCAUUACAAGACGGACCUGACGCAGCGUUCCACCGCGAGAAUACCAAGGUCAUCACGGAUAGGAUUCACGCACGGGAAGCGCUUGAACGUGGGGAUAAGACGAAUGGGAGCCGGGAUAACUGGGAUUUCGGGGCUUUGGUAACAGAUCAGGCAAGGGAGGGCAUGAAUUUGCCGACUCGGGAUCAGUUUGUGGAUAUUGAAAUUGGUAGUGGUGGAUGGUGGAAGGGAAAGAAUGGGAGUUAUCUGAUCUUGAUCUUGAUCUGA